CACUUUGGCAGAAGAGCAAGAUGGCGGCUGUUCCGUAUAGUGCUCGGUGACAGACUGACAGCGCCCUGUGACCUGUGCCUAGACGUUUCUUUAGCAUUUAUGCUGACAAAUUUUCGAUUUUUCGCAUUAAAAUCCGCGGAUGAUGUCUUGAACGACCCUUUGUGUGUUUGAGAUCUAAAGGAAGUGAAAAUGUCUACUAGAUCGCAGUUAACGAAAGAUUUAAACGAAUCGGUGAAAUCAUUGCUCGGAAAGCACGUCAAGAUCCUAUUGAAGACUGUGGUCAAAUUGGAGACCAAGCCGGAUAAACUUGAAAAUCGUGUAUUGGUAUUUUCACCAUGUCGCCUCUUCCUCUUAACAGCAAAAGUGCCAACCAGAAUCGAUUUUCACUUCCAUUACUUAGAAAUAACAGCAGUAGAGUCAAAAAGGUCAAAUCUCUUCAGUCUAACAGUAGGCGAGAGAGUUUACAAUUUCACAACAAUAGGUGCUGCUGCAGACACUUCGGAAGUCGAUGCUAUGAUCGAAGCUCUGCACACUGCCAUACGAAAUAUAUUUCCCACAGUUCCUUUAAAUUACGUUAUAAGAAAAAUCGACGUCAUACCAGUUAGCAGAUUGCAAAGUAUAAGAGGCAGUGAUUUAGCCAGAAGUACAGAAGCAACGAGACAUACUGGUCCCUGUGGAGGGUUUUCAACUCAAUAUGCCUGCAUGUGUGAUUUGCAUGGGGUGCCAUACAGAGAAGAAGUUGCUUGGGAUGUAGAUACGAUAUAUUUGUCACAUGACACGAGGGAGUUGAAUUUAAGAGAUUUUGAUCAUCUCGACCAGAAAGAUUUAGUGCCUAUAAUCUCGGCAUUAGAAUACAACACGUGGUUCACUAAACUCAGAGUCUCUCACUUAAAACUAAGUCAUGAACCAUUGGAAAGAUUGCUGCAUGUACUGCGACGGUCUCUCUCAAUUCAGGAAAUUUAUUUGGAUAACUUGGGAAUAAAAUGGGAUUUUGCGCACAAGUUAUCGCUAGCUUUGAUGUCAAAUGCUAACUCGAUGUUGCAUACUAUAGAUUUAUCUAAUAAUAUGAUUGAGGACAAAGGUGCCUCGCACUUGAACGGACCAAUAACAAAAUUGCCCAAGGGUCUGCAGAAAUUAAACUUAGCGCAUUGUGGACUAACGGGAAAGGGCGUUGGUCAAAUCGCACACGCUCUGAGUUUAAACAGGAGCAUGCCGACUAGUCUUCAGCACCUAAACUUUUCUGGAAAUACUUUAAAGGAUGAUAUUAAUAAUUUAUGCAAUUUUUUGGCGCAGCCUAACAGUAUAACGCACUUAGAUCUUAGUGGCACUGAUACUACUCUUGAAUGCUUGUUUGGCGCUCUUUUGAGAGGGUGCGCAACCAAUCUAGUCCACUUAAACGUCGCUCGCAACUCAUUUUCGAGCAAGAAAACCAAAGAAAUUCCUCCUAGCUUUAAGCAGUUUUUUACGGCUACUCUCUCGCUCAAGUACUUAAACAUCUCGUGCUGCAAACUGCCACUGGAAGCUCUUAAGCACCUUUUACUCGGCUUGGCCUGUAAUGAGAGCACGGUUGGAUUAGAGCUAGACAUGAGUGGAAACAACUUGGGUUCGAUGGGUGCUCACGUUCUAGAAUCCUGCAUACAUGGCGUUCGGUGCAUAUCGUCACUUGAUAUUUCUGAUAGCAAUAUGGAUGUUGACCUGGCUCAAGUAAUAACCGCAAUCGGCAAGAAUAAAUCGAUAAAACAUCUGUAUAUGGGCCGUAACACUGCUGGCAUGAAAAGCAAGCACAUUGCUGUCAUAAUGGACGCUUUGGUGCAAAUGAUCCAAGAAGAUGAUUGUGUAUUGCAAGCUCUGCAUUUGCCUGAUUCAAGACUGAAGGGUGAUCUUUACAAUUUGAUUAACGCUCUCGGCAGCAAUACAUGUCUUCAUACUUUAGAUAUCAGUGGUAAUCAUAUUGGAGAUCCCGGUGCGAGGCUUUUGGCUAAGGCUUUGCAAAUAAAUAAUCAUCUGAAGAUCAUCAUUUAUGACAGGAACAGCAUUGGUCUUCUAGGAUAUACAGAUAUAGUCCACGCUUUAGAAAAAAAUUACAGCGUGAGGCACAUGCCAUUUCCUAUUUUUGACCUUCAGCCGUGUAUGAAGGCUUCGGCAGAGAAAACGGAACAGUUAGUUAGAAAGAUUCAGGAUUUGCUUCAGAGAAAUGUCACGCCGUGUAAAUACAGUCAUGGGCAAGCUUUCAGACUUCAACAAGGAUUUUUGUUGAGUUCGACUCAGCAAAUGGUCGAUAGACUCGUUGUUCAGACACAGGAUACUAUCAAGCUUUUAGCUGCAGAGAGCUGUGAUGCUAAUAACGAUAUUAAUUACGCCACUGGACUUAUACAAGAUGCUGAUAAUUCAAAGCAGCUCUUGCCAAGGUUGCACGAAAUGCUACAGAGAAAAGACGAGAAUAAUCCGAUUGAAAUGAAGCUUCUCAAAAUGGCGGAUGACAUCCAUAACGUCGUUUCUGUAUACUUGCAGGAUUCUUUGGAUGCAAUGCUCAAGUGUGCCAGUGAGCAGUGUCCUACAAUUCUUUCGCAAACUGUGAUAAAAGACGAUGAAAGCGAUCCGACAACCGUCGAGUGCGAUCUUCGUGUCUCUUGCAAAGAAAAGAAUCAAGUCGGUCAUGAAUUCAUUCAAACAACAAUUACCGAACAAGCUGGCGCUGAUAUUCUGAAUAGAGUAAACGAAUUGAAUUUGGCAGUGGCUUCGCACGUAUCGGACCGUGUUACUGAUGAAGUAAUUGAAUCUUUAUCGAGAAGUUAUAAAACUUUGAUUGGAGAUUCGGAAUGUAGAACGAGAAGCAGCACGCCCGACGUUCUGCGACCAAGUGCCGGUUCCAUGAGUAGUGGCAGUGUUAUUGGUGUCGCAGUAGGACCUCAAUCACUCAGUAUUGGUAGAUCCAGCCUCGCUUCAGAAGAGGAGAGCACUGCAGAGAAUUAUUCCUUAACUAGCACAUUAGGUCCAUGUAUUAACGAUCCUUCGCCAAUGAAAUUGGAUUACCUGAAUCUCGCUACACCGCAUUUGUCAAAUAAACGGAAGAGUUUGCAUGGGAGAAAAUUAAGGCCUAAAUCGGUGGUAGAUUCGGUUGAAGGUCUCUCGGCUGAUGAUAUUCCAGACUUGCUUCCGUCUCUUCCAAAAGGUCAAACUGAAGGAAUAUCUGAGAACGAACAUUCUUUGACGGAAUCUUUAGACUCAGUUUCGGAAUUACCGAAUACAGUUGGACAGCAAUUACAGCAUCUCGUCAAGUCCAGACCUCGAAGAGCAAAAACGAGAGCGCCUUCUCGACCAAUGUUGCGACCGGAUCAACAGCCAGAUGGACUUACUCUUGGGGAAGGCCUUGAUGUUUUCUUUCGGCCAACAACGCCCACAACUCCACUUAUUUCGCCUACAAGUGACGACAGCUCUCUACACAUCUUCCCCCCUACCGAAGGGAGUCCCAAUUUAUCUUCCAACAGUCAAAAAAGCAUUCCACCAGACGUCGAAAAAAAAUACGGCUGUAGUUCUCCAAUGUUAAAAACUCUUCUUGAGCCAGCACCGCGUUCAAGAUCCAGCGACAAUCUUGAGAAAUUCUCUCCUCUCAUUGGCAGAAGAUCUCAAGGCGAUUCUCCCUUGACUGCCUCGCCCUUAGCACGUCGUAUGAUGAGUGAAAAUUCGCAUGAGAAGACCCUGUAUGAAGGAAGUGCGGAAUCAGGUAUCAACGAAAGUAUGUCCGAGUCAUUGCAAAGAAAUACUCUGCCAAUCGUGGGCUCAAGUAUGACUUCACGCCCUGCAUUGAGAGACGCGAAUACGGAAGAGAAUGGGAGAUCUUUGCAAACUAGUGCUAGUUUUAGUUCCUCGGACAGAGAUACUGAGUCUCGACGAGCGCUUAUGAAGAGAGCAGAUACCGAGAAGACGGGACAGGUGUCUUCUGUUAAAUUGAGGUCAACGGCCUUCGAUCUUAAGAGUCCGACAAACGGCGCUGGUUCAAAAAAUCUUUACAGCGAUACUUCCAAAUCUCCGGUAUUGAAAUCGUUCACUAAAGGAAACGGUCUUAAUUCAAAGAUAACCCCGCCAAUCACGGCACCAAAACCAAGGCCUUGGAGUAUGGCUACGGAUAGAAAAUCAGGUGAAUUUAAUUUACUCAGCGAUGGUUCGAGCCCAAAUACUUCUGCGGGUAACACACCGGAUUCAGGAGAUGCUUUAGAUGAAUCAACCGAUAGUGGAGUUAGUGGCCCAGCCUCUCUACCGCCUACGUUAUCUGGAAGUAGCACGACAAGUUCUCUAAGUAAUUCGAGCGUGGAGAAGAGAUCAGUCAGGGAGUUAGCAGCCAGCUUGACCAAAGGAAAGAUGGAUAAUAAGAAGGAAAAUGAAUUUACCGCACCCGAAGCAUGGAGGUCGGUGCUUCGUCGUUCUGUCAAGCCAUCGCCCGCGAAGGCAGCGGAAGCACCGAAAACGGCUGAGACACCCCAAAUAAGUGUUAAGUUGCGUCGCACUUCGUUUUUGCGUGACUCGAACUUCAAUUAUGACAACGACGUAGUUGACGUUUGAAUCCAUCAGUUUGAUAUUUAUUAACGAUUGUGUCAAUCCUGCAUUUUUUUAAUCACAAAACGAAUUUUAUUCUUUAAACAUAAACAAGAAUAAGAAUAAUUAACUAAUACAUUCCAAUACUGCAUCGAUGCCAUAUUGAGGGAAGCAGGAAAAGAUUAAUUUCUUUUUCUAAAUACUGAUACUCACGCGCCGCAGUCGUAGCAAUUCCCACUUGAUUAUAAAUUUAGUACUUAACUGGAACGAAGGUAAAAGUCUCUGUACAUAUUGAAUGUUCCUUCGCUUAAAAGAAAGACAUAACUUAGAAAAAGAUAAAACCGUAAACUAUACACGAGGCAUUUUAUUGACAGACUUUUUCGCAUCAGAAGCAGUAUUCUCGUAAAAUGAUAACGGAAGAGAUCGAAAUGCAUGUGAAUUUCAAACCCAACACUGCUCUUUCUUACAUUAGUCACGAAAGUAAUUUUAUUUUAGUAAUAUUUCAUAGUAAGGUCAGGUUUCCCUUUUCUCAUUGCAUUAUUCGCAAUGGAUUCCAGCAUAAGUGCCUACCUUUUUUUCAAAUUUCUUCACUUAAAUAUGUUUUACCUAUCGGAAGAGUCUUCCAAAGAUAAGGCAUCUAGACAUAACACGAUUUGGUUCACUCGGGUCAAAUGCUCGAGUAACCUACUAGCUUAUGUUUGUAGAAGCAGAUGAGUAAUUCGGAAAUAAGUCACUCUGCUAAUGAAAAUUUCAUAUUAUAAUUAUAUAGUGAUUUGACGAAUGACUUCGUAAUCAAUGAAAUCGUCACAUUUACAUUCUCCAAGAAAACAAAGUAUUUAAUUCCGGCGAUAAAUCUAUUCCGGCUGAAUUUAAGGCGGAUUGUAUUUAAAGUUAAGACAAAACUAUAGUUGUCCGAGUCAUAGUUUAUAUAUAGAUAUAUAAUUAGUAAUUUAAUGUAAAUUUCAUGGGAUAUCCCUCGGAAGAUGUACAUUAUAUUGUGAUUUGUUGGUUUUUUAAUAGCGAAUGAUAUGUGUGUGUGCGUGUGCGAAUGUAAAUACUUUAUGUAAACUAGUUCUGUACUUUUGAGAGAAAGUGUAUUAAUCACUUAGUAAGUCAGUAUGAACUUUAUUCUACGAAUUCGGAUUCCGAAAAUUCAAUGUCAAUAUUCAUGUUUUAUAUCGAUGUUGAAAUUUUGAAUCAGGUCUACUACGGAUGAACUUUGCUCGAAAUUCUUCACUUACGAAAACAAAAGUCCUUUUAAAGAAAACUUUAGUUUUCAUUUUAAGAAUAUCUGAAAUGUGCAAUACGUGCAAUUUAAUCAAAUUAGCAAAGUUUAUUUUCUGCAAUUUAUUGAUUGGAUUAAUUUUCCAUCCAAAGUUUUUACGAAUUAUGACCAUGUCUUGAGAAUGUUUUAUUUUAGCGAGUGGGAUUUGAAUAGUUUGUUUUAACAGUUUUAUAAAGAAGGGAGUUUUUGC